CACUUCCUGUCUACAAUGCAAAAAGUCCCUCCGUGAAUGCAGCGAGAGAAUAUAAAAGCCUGCAGGUCAGCACAGGCAGGCAGAACAACACCGACAACCAAGCAAACAGUACAGCUUCUGAUCUACAGGCUUUGACAGAUCUUUUUUUAAAAAAAAAGGAAUCCGAGAUGAGCUGCAACAUGAGCGAGAUGUGGAGCCAAAAGAUGCCCCAGGGACUGGACUUGGAGAUUUCAGAUCAUCCCAUCACCAUGAGGCGUGUAGUCAACCUCAUCAUCGCCAUGGAGAGGCUGAAGGCCGGCAGGUCGGAGACGGUGCUGAGCACUGACUUCAGAGAUGAAAACCUGCUCAACAUCAUGCUGGACAGCAUCGUGGAAGAGAAAAUUGUGUUUGAGAGAAACGCAGUUGCACCAAACCAGUUCAGCAGAACUGCUGUGCACCAGUGCAACGUGACUGACAGUCAGAAGAGGAGCUUAGUUCUGGUCCAGAACAGCAUGGAGCUGCAUGCAGUGAGGCUGCAGGGAGGCAGUGACAACCGCAAAGUUCAGCUGAACAUGUCCACCUACGUGCACCCUGCUCCCACCACCGAGGCCAGGCCUGUGGCUCUGGGCAUCAGGGACACUAAUCUCUUCCUGUCCUGCCACAAGGAGGGCGAUGAACCAACCCUGCAUCUGGAGGAGGUGACGGACAAAGACAGUCUGUUGAGAAUCAGCUCAGAAGGCGACAUGGUGCGAUUUCUCUUCUACAAACGGGACAGUGGACUGAACAUCAGCACUCUCAUGUCUGCCCGCUACCCCGACUGGUACAUCAGCACCGCGCAGCAGGACAACAAGCCGGUGGAAAUGUGCCAGGAGGUUGCCCCCCGCUACCGAUCCUUCAACAUCCAGCGUCAGAGUUAAAACCUGCCAGAGGCACAGAGUGGAUUGUGGAUCUGCAUGUGUGGGUCAAGUUUAACCGUCCCAGGAAAACAUUUGUGCAUUAAAGAGUGUAAAAUAUACUGCACUUCAGCUAUUUUAAAAUAAUCAACAACAAUGAAGAAGCAGGACUAUGUGUUUACUGUAUGUACCAAGUACAGAAAGUGAAGUGCUUAAUGUAUUGACAUAGUCAAAUUUCAUCACAAGGUGGCGUCAUUGUGCUGCCUGGUGAGCAUCCUGUGUAUUUAUUUUGCUGAAUAAUGUGGCACACAGCUAAUGCUUUUAUGUAUUUAUUUAUUUAUCUAUUUAUGCACGGUUUUAAUCUACUUACUAACAAUUAUUUAAAUAAUGUGCAAUGAAUCUGAAAUAAAUUAUAACUAUGCUGA